UGAAGACUCCGUUCAAUUGCUACGUCUUUUUUUCCUACCACAACAUGUAAUUACACGAAAUCCGCAUAGGUAUUGGUCACUUGUGUUCGUGGUAAUUAACUAUUUAUUACUGAUAAACUCUCGCCAGGUUCACGGAGAGGGAAAACGCACGGCCGAACGCGACCUUGUUUACUUCCACUUCGGCUAGCGUUGCUUGUCGCUAUGGUGUCACGCGCUAAUCUACGCUCUCAGUCGGAGCACGGUCGCGGACCCCUGUUAGUGAUUUACUACUCGCUACUUUGAGAAACAUACUGGCCUCAAACGUUAGUCACUUGUAAAACAAAGCCAAGCGAAAAGAAAAGAAGUUUAAAAGACAGAGAGUAAGAUGGCCCAAGCCGCUGCCAAAUCGGUUAAUAAGGUGUCGGGAUGUAACUAUGUCGCACAAGAUCAGAUUUGGAAGGACCACAUCGUUCUGGAAGAAACGUCUGCUAAACGGUGGCCCAACAACUGGAACUUCCUGACCACCGAUUAUAAAGAAAUUGUGAAAGACGAACUUCCAAAGAAGGAAAAACCGAAAAGGAAACUUUCCCCGCUGAUACAAAUCCGACCUGUGACCCCAAUCGAGGAAUACAUCGAAGUGUUACCCUCUCCCCGGCCGUACCCCAGUACAACGGCGCAGCUCAUUGGCUGGCGGUCAGCGGAGAGACAAUUGGCACUCGACAAGUAUGGCCGAUAUGCCAGACCGAAAGGAGGCUUAGUGAAACAGCUGAACUGGCCAAAAGAAGCCAUCAACUAAUCAAAAUGCUAACUAUUUUAACAAGCAUUGGGUCACUUGGAUUGUGAAAAUCAAAAUGUCAGAAAGGAGGAAAGUGCAGGAGGGCAAGCGAUCGCGCUUUCUUGCUAGACUUUCUAUUUUUUUUUUGGCGCCAAACGUUAUAGGAAUGUGAUAUGCAGGCCCGUAUGCAGGAUUUUUAAUGGAUGGGUGCGAAUUGCUCAUGAUGGGACCAAUCAACAUAAAAAUAACCCCUCAAAACAACAACGAUUACGUAACGUUAUUUAAAAUUUAAUAGAGAAAAGUGGACCUUUAGUAAUUAGUUUGGGGGGUGCGUACACACCCGUCGCACCCCCCCCCCCCCCCCCCCCCCGCGUACGGGCCUGGUAUGAUUAUAAAAUGAUGGUAGCAGUCAAUUUAUUCGCGAGCGCUCGACCUCCAGAACACAUGACACACUGGUUUCUUGGUUGCCUGUUUUUUUUAAUUUUUAUAAUGGACUCGUGCCUUUCAUUGAAACUACAUCCGAACCAAUUAAAAACAUGCCCACGUUCAGACGCCGUUUUUUGCUAAACGUUAGCAAACUAUUUUAACUGGUUCCAGAAGUGGUCAUUUUAUUUAAUGUGUAGCGUAAAGAAUACUACAGGAGUGGUUGAUGGAUACAAUUUAUUUUACAACGAGUUGUUUACAUAAACGUACGCCAAUCUAACGAGCGAAAGCCGAGGUGGAUACGUUUUCAAACAACGAGUUAUAAGAUAAAUGGUAUCAAACUGACACGAAUAUGAUAUUUUAUUUCUUACAUAUCCUUUAAAACCAGGUUUAAAAUACAUUUGACGUCUUUUCCAACUAAUGAGACGUUUUCACUGCACUCGUGCGACUGUUAACUAACGCGUCACACAGUUAUGUCACAGAACAAUCGAUUUCGGACGUCCUUAUUUUAUUGACUGGUAUAGUUGUAGUGACCGGGUCAUCACCGUGGAGCAGCCAGUCACAAAUCUCAAAAGUUAUCUCCAAGACAUGCUGGAGACGAUAUUUAUCUAGCAAUAUCUACAACGGGUUAUCUCUUACACGGGUGUGUAACACAAUUCCAGUCUAGCAAGCGUUAGCGACAAACGGAUAACUGAACGUACUUCAUACAUAUAUAUAUAUAUAGUUCACUUCAUAAAAAGGCAGCAAAUGUUAAAUCCUCACGGAGGAAUUCGAAUCAUCAGUGAUAAACCAAUUUAAAUACGAGGUACAGAAUCAAUCCAACGUGCAUUUAGUUCAUCAGGGUCGUAUCUAGCGGGGGUGCCAGAGGCAGUGGCUCACCAGCAAAAUACAAAAAGUGCCUUUUGUUGUUUGUUUUAAAAGUGCCCGUUCUGUCUAUCUGGACAACAUAUUUAUGUAUAUCUCCAUACAGGGACAAAUGUCACAUACUGAGUGAAAACAUUAGACGGGUUUCGCAACCACACCGGUACUGUUGCGGAUAAUCAUAUUGGGCCCAAUUUACAAAGCUAUAAAUGUCUUACACGUGUGUAACUACAUACAUUUAUACUGCUAAAACAUCUGCGUUUAAGAAAAAGAAGCCGUUGUAAAUUCGAUCCAAUAUAAUUCGGUUUGCAGAUCGGCACGGCUAGUGACUUAAAAAUGGCGCCAUUCUCAGAAGUGAAAUGUAUAUAUACUGUAUAUAUAAUGUUAUAUUAACCACGACAUUUAUUAUGUAGGUCUUUCAAUCAUAAAGAGCGGGAAUCAAACUGUUGCGACGUCACCAACUACACUCAAAGCCUACCUAUCACUCCGUAACAGUAACGGUGUGGUUUUGAAAUAUCUCUAAUACGGGAUCACUUAGUAUUGUAGACCUCAUGUCAGUCACUAAUAGCGUGGGAAAAGAUGUAAUGUGUUGCUGAAUAUCAGUAAUAUGGUACUGAAUAUCAGUAAUGUGGUACUGAAUAUCGGUAAUGUGGGCCUGAAUAUCAGUAAUGUGAUACUGAAUAUCAGUAAUGUGGUACUGAAUAUCAGUAAUGUGGUACUGAAUAUCGGUAAUGUGGGCCUGAAUAUCAGUAAUGUGAUACUGAAUAUCAGUAAUGUGGUACUGAAUAUCAGUAAUGUUGGACUGAAUAUCGGUAAUGUGGGCCUGAAUAUCAGUAAUGUGAUACUGAAUAUCAGUAAUGUGGUACUGAAUAUCAGUAAUGUUGGACUGAAUAUCGGUUAUGUCAGACUGACUGUCAGUAAUGUCAGACUGAAUGUUAGUUAUGUCAGACUGAAUGUCAGUAAUGUCAGACUGACUGUCAGUAAUGUCAGACUGACUGUCAGUAAUGUGAGACUGACUGUCAGUAAUGUCAGACUGAAUGUCAGUUAUGUCAGACUGAAUGUCAGUAAUGUGAGACUGACUGUCAGUAAUGUCAGACUGAAUGUCAGUAAUGUCAGACUGACUGUCAGUAAUGUCAGACUGAAUGUCAAUUACACCGUGAGCUUCCUGACACUAUGGUUGAGGCGUCUUGGUUGCAGUCACUCUUUCCUGAUAUAUAGUGUUGGUGUGAUCCCUAAUUUAUUUUCAUCAGUAUAUGUAUACGGAUUUGUUAAUAAAAAAGUUCCUUCAUCUCA